AGUAAACAAAAUAUAUUAGAAUUUAUUCCGAUCCGAGUUAGCCCGACCCGGUCUACCAAGAAUAUCACCGGUGUGUGUGAAGUGCGAGCGAGACACUGGUGGCGGUGACUGCACUGGUAUUCAGUCCACUGAACCGUGUCAUAGCACAGCAGCUUCAAACGAGAGAAAGAAAGUUAACAAUGAAGUUAUCCUUAUUGACCGUGUUUGUUAUAACAAUAGCAUCGUUAUCCAUUAUUCCAGUGUAUCGAUGCUCAUCAUCUUCUCAAUCUCAAUUCCAAUGGCAGAUCCUCACCAAGCAGAAUUUCUCUUCACAGAUCCGUCUCCACAAUCACCUCCUCCUCCUCGUGGCGCUUCCCUGGUCCGGCGAGGCUCGAUCUCUCAUGAACGACGUUUCGCUUGCAGUUUCCGCUAAGCCUAUAGAGUUCGCCUCUCUCAAACUCAUGCGCAUGCAUAGAAACACCGAGAAGGUUCUAGCGGAUUCUAUAGGUGCUACCGAUGAAAUAACACUCGUUUAUUUCCAUUAUUCUGUGUCUUAUAAGUACCGUGGAAGAUUCAGAGCUCAGAAUAUUCUGUUCUCGUUGUAUCCUUAUAUAUCCCUUGCGCCUGAGGAGGUUCCUCUCGCGGCUCUCAAUUCUCCUCUGGAUUUAAGAUCAUUCAUUGAUUCCACUGACAAAGCUAUUGUUCUAGUUGAUUUUUGUGGUUGGACGCCCAAAUUACUCGCCAAAAGUACCAAAGAUAACGGAACGCAAAAUAGUUUCACUGUGCUUGGGAAUCACCAUGGAAUGGAUCUUAGCAGAGGGAAUAGUAGAAUGCAUGUGUCAAGGGGGAAGACUAACAAGAAGGUGGCUGAUGAGGACACGUGCAAGGCUGAACUUAGUGUUGAUAAAGGGUUUUGUAAAGCUCCUUGGCUGGGGGAGUUUACCUUGUUAAAUUAUGGUCUUUUGGAGGGCUCCAAGGAUAGGAAUCAUGAUGUUGUACAUUAUUGUUCAUCAUCUGAAGAAUUUGAGCGGUUUCAAUCUUUUUACUUGAAAUUCAUGACUGUUGUGAGAGAAUUCUUUUUGCCUCCGGAGCGAAACAGAUUUGGCCUGGUUUCAAAUAGGUCAAUGCUUUCAUCCCUAGGUGUUGGUGAUUAUGGCCCAUGGUUUGCGGUUCAGUACCAGGCUGGAUGUUCAAGUUGUUCAAAUAUUCUUAAAGAAGAGGAUGACUUAAACUAUGUUUUGCAGAUGAAUAAUUAUUAUGUUAAAGAGCUGGAAGGUAAUGAUCAAGAGCCCAUUCUACCAGCAAAUAAGCCAUCUGUACUUCUAUUUGUUGAUAGAUCAUCCGAAUCCUCAGAAACUAGGGGAAAAAGUAAGGAAGCUCUUGAAGCUUUUAGAGAAUUGGCACAACAUUAUCAUAGUGUGAAUCAAGCAGGUAAGAAGAAAAAUGACAGUCUUGAUAAACAUUAUCAUGGUUUGAAGAGUACAUCUGAACAUCCUAGGUUAAAGUUAUCUAUGCCAGCUCAGAAGAUUAAACUAAAAGAGAAAAUUUCUACAGUCAUGAUUAUAAAUGAGGGUAAGCAAGUUAGUUUAGACAAUGUACCAUCUGAUCUUCAAGGGAGUUCUUUGAAUGAAAUAUUGGCCUAUCUCCUCCAGCGAAAGAAUGAUAGAAAACUAAGCUCCCUAGCAAAGGAUCUAGGCUUCCAACUUUUAUCUGACGAUAUGGAUAUUGGGUUAGCUAGUACACAACAACCAUAUUCAGAAGUUCAGUCAAAUCAAAUUCCAACAGAAACCUCUGAACAGGGCCUUGCGGAUACUUUGGUGCUAGAUGGGGAUUCAUAUAGAUCUGCUGCAGAGGUUGAGGAAAAUCCCAAAUUGACUGAGCUAUCUUCUCGGGAUGAUGAAGUGAAUAGACCUUCUAUCAUUACACAUGAGGAGAUAAAGUCUGUGCAGCCUGGGGAAUCUGUUGCAGAUAAUGAACUUUCUACUACCGAAUUUGUAAGAUCAGAAACAGAUGAUUCUUCAGGUGGGAACAAGUAUGAGGAAGAACUGACUCAUUUUCUUGGUUUUAAUGGUUCAUUUUUCUAUUCUGAUGGUAAUUAUCAAUUACUUGAAAGACUCACGGGUGGUUUUGGAGUUCCAUCUUUGGUUAUUGUUGAUCCCAUUCAGCAGCAACAUUAUGUUUAUCCUGGUGAGAAAAGUUUCAACUUUUCUUCACUAUAUGAUUUUCUUUCUGAGUUUCUUAAUAGAACCCUACAUCCAUAUCAGCGGUCAGAACAUGUACUUCAAGGUCAAAAGGGGCCCAUCCAUCCUCCAUUUGUUAAUUUGGAUUUUCAUGAGAUAGAUUCUAUACCUCAAAUCACUGCUCAUAGUUUCUCUGAACUUGCUAUUGGUUUUAAUCUUUCUAACAAAGAAGAUACUUCCAAUGCAUGGAAUAAAGAUGUCUUGAUCUUGUUCAGCAAUAACUGGUGUUCUUUCUGCCAGAGAAUGGAAAUGGUUGUUCGGGAAGUAUAUCGGGCCAUCAAGGGCUAUGUGAAUAUGUUAAACAGUGGAUCUCAGAACGUUGAAGGUAUAUCUGAUCAUGAAAAUUUGGAUCAUGUCACGAUGAAGCUUCCGGUGAUCUACUUAUUGGAUUGUACUUUGAAUGAUUGUGAUUUGAUACUGAAGUCAUUAGACCAGAGGGAAGUUUAUCCUGCUCUAAUUUUAUUUCCAGCAGAAAAGAAGAAACCUCUUCUUUAUGAAGGCGAUAUCUCUGUAAUUGAGGUUAUGAAAUUUGUGGCAGAACACGGAAGUAACUUUCAUAAUCUUAUCAGAGAAAAAGUGGCAGUUCUGUGGCUAUCUGAAAGAGAAGGCAAAAAUAAAAACUUAUAUGAUGCUUUGCUAACUGAUUUCAACCCAGAACCACUUCAAUCACACAGCAAAUAUCAUGGAGCCCAAGGUCAUGACUUGUUAGACCAGGUGGUUAGACCUAGCCCAGUGAGUUCACCCGUAACAAAUGGACUGCAUGAAGCAUUGCCUCACGUGGUGAUUGGUUCAGUUCUAAUUUCCACAGAAAAGCUUUUGGGCGUUCAUCCGUUUGAUGGAUCAAAGAUUCUCAUUGUUGCAGCCAAUGAAGUAACUGGAUUUCAAGGUCUUAUCCUCAACAAACAUAUACAAUGGAGUCUUCUGCCUAAAUUGGAAGAAGAAUUGGAAAAAUUGAAAGAGGCUCCUCUCUCCCUGGGAGGUCCAGUAAUGGAAACUGGAAUGCCUCUUUUAUCCUUAACUAGAACACUUUUCGGAAAUCAUUUACCUGAAAUCCUUCCUGGAAUAUACUUACUUGAUCAAGUAACGACAAUUCGUAAAAUUGAGGAGCUGAAGUCGACAAAUGAACCAGUUGGGGAUUACUGGUUUUUCUUGGGAUAUUCAAGUUGGGGAUGGAAACAGUUAUAUGAUGAGAUGGCAGAAGGAGCUUGGAACUUGAGUGAAGAUGCAACAAGACACUUAAAUUGGCCGUGAUUGCCAUUUAUUGACCAUCCUUACUGUAUCAAUAACAUUUCUUUUGGCCUUGUUAAUUAUAUAAUUAAUUCACUGUGCAUGUACGGUAGAAAAUAACAGCCACAUUCGUGGUUCAUUAGAUGUAGUCUUUUGGGAUCCCAGAAAAUAGGAAAAUAUGUGCUUGGGUAAGUCAUCCAAAAUUUUGUUUAGAAAUGGGUACUUGAAGCACAUAUGGCGCGUUUGGU